CGCUAUCAUCUUCUGCUAUAUACGUAUUUCAAUGGUCUGUUGCUUUUUCGUAUUGAUAACAGCUUGAACAUGUUUCUUAAAUAAUAUAUAUUGCUACUUGUCAUAAACUAUCUGCGUCAUGCACAGAUGUUUAUAGAUACAAUAUUUAUAGCUGUUUUGUCAAUUUUAUUUUGUAUUGUAUAAAAUUGUUUACGAUUUUUGUAAAUUAACACAAGCGCGGCCUUGAUUGUGGUAUAAAUAAAAAUAGUCGUAAACAAGACUAAAGAAAAGUGUAAAUUUAGUACAUAAUUUAAAACAUAACGUUCUUGUAGAUUAUUAAAACAAGAUGUCUUUAAUAGAGGGUGUUGGUGAUGAAGUUACAGAUUUUUUUAUUGCUUUGAGUAUUAUACUGGUGGCUUGGUUCGCAUGGUGUUCUACAAAUAUUGCAGAUCAACCAAUAAUACGCACAGUACUUAUAUUGCAACAUCGAACACGCACAAGUAUUACAGAAUUAAGAGCAAGUCAGAACACCAAUACUCUUAAUCAAUCUCGUAAUUUGGAAAUAUCAGAUGAAAAUUCUAUGGAAACAAAUACUAUUGAAAGUAAUAAUUCAGAAGCAAGUUGUCCGGAAACAUCUAUUGCAGAUGCCACUACUCCAGCAUUACGAAGAGUACCAGAAGCUACCACUUCUGAAGAGGUCCUCAUUGAAACUAUGGAUUCCUUUAAUAAUGAAGAGACAAUAGCGUUAGAAAAAUCUAACGAGGAAAGUUCUACAGAUGACUCUAAUAAGUCUGAGUCAAUGCAUCCUAGUACAACAGGAUGUACAACUGAAAACUUGUCAACUGCCAAUGCUAAUGAAAUUAGUAUAAAACUGAAAUUCAUAAAUGAUGAUCAAAAAGUAGUGACUGGAAGUCUUAAGGAAAUGCUUGGAGAGUUCAAAAGGCGACAUUUUCAAGUAGAACUUGAGUCACAAAAAUUGGUGCGCUUAGUAUUUAAAGGUCAAGUGCUUCAACCAGAUAGUCAAACAUUAGAACGAUGCGGUCUUUAUAAUCACUGUGUAGUUCAUUGCUUAGUACAUCAACCACGACCAGCUACAACAUCAUCACAGCCGCAUACAUUGGAUGAAUCAUCAAUUUAUUUCAAUCCACAGACUUUUCAAAAUCUCCCUGCGAGUACUGGAAUCAGCUCAGUACAUAAUGAAUGGGAUUUAAGCAGGCUUUUAGUGAGCAUUUUGACUCUUAUUUUAGGUCUUGCUUGGUAUUCUCGUUACCACUACGCGCAAUUAUUUACUGCGACAACUACACUUGCAUUAUAUGCACUCACUGCAAUAUUUACAGUUUCUUUAUUUAGCAACUUUUUCCCUGAUCAAGAUAGCAUUAGAAACAUUGAGUGAAUUGAUGUUACUGUCUUAUUAUUCAGACAACUGUGUGAACAAAUUUUAUUGAUCAUAAGUAAGUAAAAGAAAUUGAUCUUUAGCACUUGUCUUACUUAUCGAUUUAUGCAGAAAUAUCGUGGGGUAUAAUGAAUAAACAAAUAAAAAAAUGUGAUUUUUUUAAUAGCUUGCAAGUAACUUGCUAAAAUAAAAUGAAGAGUAAAAACUCAAACAAGUGAUUAAUAUACAUGUAUAAUAAUGUAGUAAAGUAUGAAGUCUUUAUUGAAUUAUUUGUUAGUUUUAAUGAUUACUCAUAAUCUCUAAAGAAAAGAAAAGAAAAAAAAAAAUUCAGAAAAUUUACAUACCUGUUGAUUAUUUUAUGAAAAAAGUAGCAACCAAAAGGAUAGAAUGUGGUUGCAUGCUGGUGCUUUCUUAUGUUAUUAUUUGUUCAAUUACUUUUAUGUAUUUGUCAAUAUAAUUAUUAUUUUGGAUAUAUCUGGUUGAUACAUUGGAUUAUUAUUUUUCAAAAGAUAUUUGUAAUUUAUAAAUACAUUUAAAAAGUUAUUACUGGCAUUUAAAACUGUUGAUGACUGUUAAAUGUAUUAAUAAUAUAUGUAUUACUGUAAAUGUAUUAAUAAUACAAUUAGUAAACAAAAUAAAUUAUAAAAUAUAUAUACUUAUCAUAUGUCGUAGUUAAGUAUGAGCAUUAAAAAAAAUAUCUAAUUAUCUUAUGUUGCAGCUAUUUCUAAUGUGAAAAUAUUUGCAAGUGAAGUGAUCCAGAUGCAAGUAAUAAGUCAUUUUAUUAUUGAAAUGAUUAAAAUAAGUGUAACCUUGCUUUUUAAACAUGAGUCAUAAUCACAUUCCAAUUGAUAUAAUAGUACUAUUCUUAUUAUGAAAAGAAAUAACGAAAGUACGAUAAUCACAAUUUUAAGUGUUUCGUGUUAUUUCUUACUUUUUAAAAAUAGGAAUAAUAUAUUUACAUGUUAAAGUAUAUCACAUGAUAUAUAAAAUGUCUUCUUUAUGUAUUUAGUACAAUUAAAUAUUUUCUCUGUUAUAAUUUUGUUUGGUUUAAUGAUGGUGCAAUGAAAGUGAAAUAUAUAUAAUUAUCUUGGAAAAAAUUUGUAAUAGGAUAAUAAUACAUGAUAUAAUGACUUAUUUAUAAUUUUGUAAAGUAUUACAAAAUAAAAUAAUCAAUUAUGUAAUUAUUUCUGAUAUUUCUGAUAUUAUUGGUUAAUGUUGAUGAAGUAUAACAGAAAAUCUAUAUAAUAUUUUAAACAUGUUUCUUACAUUUAUGUAUUGUAUACGAAAUAUGUUAUAGAAAACUUAAAAAAUUCAGUUAAUAAAAUUGUAAUUGUUUGAUAUGAUAUGAAUAAAUAUUUAUUUAUUUGAUA